GGCUGGACGAACAGGUUGAAGAUGUCAGGAGAGAGCAAGGCGCAUUGGUAAGACUUGUCUGCUCCACCUGCUUGCUUUACUUCUUAUUUGGUAGAAGACACUUCCUAAAUAGAUAUAUGUUCGAGGGCUCAGGGCGGGAGGCCCCCCCCCGAUCUAACUUUUUGAGGGGGGGGCCUCCCCGCCCCGGCCCCUCUUUUCGAGGGGCUGCCGGGCGGGAAGGCCUCAAAGCGCCCACUUCUGACCCCUUCCCGCUUCUUGCAUGUACCCCACAGACCUGGCAAAGGUGGCAAAGGCUGGGGCCUCUUGUCGUGUUGCGUGUACCCGACAGAGCUGGCAGACGAGGCAAGGCGGGAACCCACCCCCUUGGCGUAGGGUUGGGCACAUGCAACGCGCCAGAGGGGUCCACCCUUGCCACCUUUGCCAGGUCUGUCGGGUACAUGCAGCACGCCAAGGGGGUGGGUUCCCGCCUUGCCUCGUCUGCCAGCUCUGUCGGGUACACGCAACACGACAAGAGGGCCCAGCCUUUGCCACCUUUGCCCGGUCUGCAGGGUACAGCAAAAAGCGGGAAGGGGUCAGAAGUGGGCGCUUUGAGGCCUUCCCGCCCGGCAGCCCCUCGACAGACCUGGCCAAUAAGGUGGCAAGGCUGGACCCCUCUGGCGGGGUCCACCCCCGAUCCAUCCACAGGGGGGGGGCCUCCCUCCCUGGUACAUAUAUAAAUGUUAUACGACGUUAUUUUCAUUUAGAGGCGGGCCUGCCCAGAAUAAAGAUAAUAAAAAUACCAACUACCGCCAUAUGCUGCUCAUGCAUCAUAAAUUUAGUCCUUGCAAGUCUAAAUCUAAUAUGAUGUUUCAUUUUCCUCUCCAGGUGGAGUUUUUGGAGCAAGAGGAGCCCACAGAGGAAGAGAAACUUGUGUUGGAAAAGAGACUGUCCGCGUUUGAGGAGUUGGAAGAUUCUCUGUUGCAGAAUUUGGAGGCAAAUGGAGCAAUGUUUCAGGAAUUGGAGGCUUUGCUGACCGCAGAAAAUGCAAGAUUGAUGGAGUUGGGUCGGACAAGCCAUUUGCAGUCUAGAGUGCGAGGAACGCUGUCGCGCCUCGUCGACUCGGGGGUGUGCGACGAGGAAGAUAUUGCUGCGCUAGAGGAAACGGCACAAGAGCAUGCUCGGCAGAGCCACGGCCUGGCGGAAAUGUUCGCGGAACAGCUGGCGGCAGGGGUAUCUUCGCAACAGGUGGGUGACUCUUCAGCGCCAGAAGAGAUUUUGAGAGAAGUUAGAGAAGGCGUAGCGAAGCUGGAGGAAGAUAUUCGCGCGCGUCUUGACGCGCUUGAGCAGAGAGCGCCGAAAGAGGCGGAUGAACUGCUGACGUCAAGGGUUUACGAAAUCGUAGAUGCACAUUCCGCGGACGUCGUCGAGUCCUUAGCUACAACCCUGGCGGAGACAAUCGUCGGUACGGUGGAGAAAGCAGUGCAGGCGGAAAUGCAAGUGGUGCGUGACAAGUUCGCACAGAUCCGUCUCGCCCUGAAAAGAGGACACGGCUCCCUUAGUGCGAGGGAUCAACUACUCCAGGUCCAGCAAUGGCGCGUGAACGCGGGAGAUGGGACCCCAGGAGAUCCUCGUCAAGACCAGGAAGAUGGAGAUCAAACAGAAUCAGCAAACGAUCCAAGCACCAAUGCUUUAAGUGAGCAGGAGAUGGAGAAUCAACCGACCAGAGCGUCUCUAUCGAAAAACCAGAUGAAGGGUAGCAGGACUAGGAGGGUCACAGCUGCCCAGGAUCUUGUGCUGAGGAGUACAAACAAGAAGAAAAGGAAACUGCGUCUGAAGCGUUCUCGUUCCGGGUCGCCCGCGUCGACUUUCGGCUCAUCCUACAAUUACACUAGUCCGAUCCGCACAUCCACAGGAUCUCAAUUGAAGAAAAUGCUAUCUGUGUUGCAGGGGGAGCCCGAUGCCAGUCCGACGGAGCGAGUUGCGCUGGAAGAACUGAAAGACGUGGGGAACAAGCUGUAUCUACAGGCAGAAUUUGAGAUGGCAUCAGAAUUUUUCACCAAAGCCAUUGCCGUUCUAGAGUCGCGUUUCUAUGAGAAUUGUCCGACUGAUCAAGCCUCGAAGACCAUUUUGGCAGUGCUCUACGGGAACCGGAGCCAGUGUUAUCUCAUGAUGGCUAAAGAAGCAGCGGCACUCGCUGAACAAGCAUCUACAUCUGGGGAUGACAACGGGCAGGAGAAAGAGAAACGCCGGCGCAGGCGAGUGUCGAACAAGAAUAGAAGGGGAGUUGCCGAAGAUAGUAGUAGUGCAUCUUCAUCGUCGAAUGAAAAUGAAAUUGCGAAACGUGAGUCCGUUCUCACGACGAUUCUCAAUCGGCCAGAGGUGCGAUACUACGCGCUUCGCGCGAAUCGAGACGCCGCUAUCGCGCAUAAUCUGGAUCGUAGUAACGCACGACAUUUCCAUCGACGUGGACAAGCCUUGUUGUUGCUCUCACCUCUGCCGCAACGAACGAAGCUAG